CUAUACGAGUCCUCAGUCACAAACAUCGAGCUCUUGGCUAUUGUCUACGAAUAUCUCGCUUCACUUAUCAACCCCCGGCAAUCAUGGCCACUCUCGACCAUGCAUUGUACCCGCACAUCUUUGCAGCAAUCGUCGCUGAAGCCAGCUUCCCCGUCCUUUCCUGUCUAAGGAACACGUCGCACGGCGUUCGUGUGCAGGUCGACACCCACCUCUCCCGCCAGCUGAACCACAUCUUGCUGUCCCCAUACCCGUCUGGCAUCGAACUCCAGUCCUUCGAUGGCGCGCCCCUGCCCCUCCCGCUUGCGAUUUUCCGCCAUCCGGGCGGCCAAAGCAAUACACUCUCCGACCAGCGCAUUCUCGACCGUCUUCUCAAGCACGUGCGCGUGGCUGAUCUCGCCGGGCGCGUCUCGACAGAGGCGCUCGCUGCCUUCUGCGCAAUCACUCCGCUGCGCCUGGUACGGUUCCGACCCGCCGCUGUGGGAUUACACAGCCUUGACCUGACAGCGGCGGGGGAAGUUGACAUUGUCAUCUUUGCGCGUGAGCCCUGGGAUCGCUUGUCGCCAGCCAACGGGUGGCUUCAGGCUUUUGUGCGCCGCCUCACGAUAGUGUAUCCUCGCACGCUUGGCCACAAGCACGCUGCCACCUCGUGUUUACAAUCGUGGAUUCCAUGGAAACCGCUGUGGCCGCCUUCUGAGGCUGUAGUGCUCGUAUGCUCCUGGGGUGUCGACGGCUGUGUCAAGUCCUUGCAGGAUGACAAGCUCAUAGAGACAACAGCCGCAUCUGCUCGUCGCACCCACACUACAGCGCACCUGACUUUGGGCGGGGGUGUGGUCGCCCUCCUCGACUGCCUGUCUGAUGGCCGACCUGAAGAACGAGAGAUGGAAACUCGCAAGCGUGUUCGCGCGUUGUACGCCGCCAUGCGUGAAUUGUUGCGGGAAAUUUCGGGGCGCUCCGACGUCCUGGGCGCGUCCAUUGAGCCCAAGAUCGAGCUCGUGUCCAUCGACGGAUACCGAACAACUCGUGGAGAUGCGUUUGACCUGGAGACUGUCCUUGAGGUUGGGGCUGGGGGAAUGACUGAGCUGUAGUAGCGAAGAUGCCGAGGUCUGAGGUUGUCCGUUGCCAAAUGCCACUCUCCUCUGGACCUGCGUCAGCAUGCUGACCGCACGAGCAUCGCUGCCGCAAUCGAGCGGGUCGUUCCCAACACAACUUUUCGGGACCUGGCCAAUGGCGUCCUCCGCAUUUGGUAUGAUCAAGUAAUUUGCACAACAAACUGGAUCGCUACCUUCGGCGCCUCGGCGCUGUAGCCAUGGACGGCUAGCGCGGAUGAGCUCGUUACUCAUCUGGGA